GCCGUCCACCCCGAGAGUGGGCGGUGUCACAGAAAAGUCCAUGCGAGUAGCGGAGAAACUUCACGAAUGUAAAUACAGAGCUAACAACGGAGGUUACGUUCUCGCGUGUUCUUUCCCUUUUCUCCUUUGACUCAUGCGAACAUGCCACGCAAAAAGCCUUUCAGUAAUAAACAGAAAAAGAAGCAGCUCCAGGUGAAACGCGAGAAAAAGAGAGGAGAAACAGGUUCAAGUCACAGUAGCCGAAAUGCCAGUGUGGAGAGAGGACCUGGCAGAGACAGACAGUCCGAUACAUCAGACAGCGAGACGACAGACAUCAGGAGGAUCAACCAGCAGCCUGGCACCAGAGACGGCAGAUAUGACCCCAACAGAUUCCGUCUACACUUUGAGAGGGAAAGCAAGGAGGAGGUGGAUAAGAGGAAGAAAAUAGCGAUGGAGAAAAUCCUGAAGCCGGUGGCAGAAAAGGAAUUAGAGAUGGAUAUAAACCAGAUCUACCCUGAAGAGAAAGGCCUAAAUUUCCCACGGCGGCCCUCAUGGCAUUAUGGCAUGCAGCGGGAGGAGUUGCUGCGGAAAGAGGAGAAGUCAUUUCUGGAGUAUCUGAGCACUCUUCAGUCCAAGAACCCACCUGGUACCCUCAGCCACUUUGAGCACAACCUCGAGACAUGGAGGCAGCUGUGGAGAGUAAUUGAGAUGUCUGAUGUCAUUCUGCUCAUAGUGGAUAUCAGACACCCAGUGCUGCAGUUUUCUCCUGCUCUGUAUCACUACAUCACCGGUGAGUUAAAGAAGUACAUCAUCCUGGUGCUCAAUAAAGUGGACUUGUGCCCCGCCCCACUGGUGUUGGCAUGGAAACACUAUCUGACUAAACAGUUCCCCCACCUGCACUGUGUCGGCUUCACCUCGCACCCAGGACAACCCUACAGCACCCUUCUACAGAAGAAGAGGGUGAGGAAGAAAGCAGGAUGGAAUCAGGUAGGAGGACCAUUCCAAAUCAUGAAAGCGUGUCAGGAGAUCACAGCAGGAAGAGUGGAUUUGAAUAGUUGGGAGAAGAAGAUCCAGAGGGAUGCUGUUGCCGUGGGAACAGAGGGGGAUCAGGCUGAUGAUGGAUCAGAAUCUGUGCUGAUGGAGCAUCAUAGUGACGUUGCCAUGGAAAUGAACAGCCCCACGCAAGAACUUUAUAAAGAUGGAGUACUAACCUUGGGCUGCAUAGGUUUUCCUAAUGUUGGCAAAUCUUCAGUGCUGAACAGUCUGGUUGGCAGGAAGGUCGUGAGCGUGUCUCGAACUCCAGGUCACACUAAAUAUUUCCAAACAUACUACCUCACUCCCACUGUGAAACUGUGUGAUUGUCCUGGGCUGGUCUUCCCUUCCCAAGUGGACAAACAACUACAGAUCCUGGCUGGUAUAUAUCCAGUGUCCCAGCUACAGGAGCCUUACAGUUCAGUAGGAUACCUGUGUGAACGGACCAACUUCCGGUCUAUAUUAAAGUUGAAACAUCCCAACCACAGUCCAGCAACCCCAUGUGACCCCGAAACAGAGGACUGGACAGCAUGGGACGUGUGUGAAGCCUGGGCUGAAAAGAGAGGGUACAAGACUGCUAAAGCGGCCCGUAAUGAUGUUUAUCGAGCAGCCAACAGUCUACUGCGAUUAGCCAUCGACGGACGCUUGUGUCUGUGUCUGCGGCCACCUGGAUACUCUCAGAGUAAAGAUGAAUGGGAAUCACACCCUGACCUGACUGAGAUCAUCGCUCUACAAGGAAGAAAGGACGAAGAGGAAGAAUGCGUAGAAGACGACGAUGCCGAAUCCAGCUCAGAGCUGGAGGAGGAUAACGAUCGGGACGCAGAUGAUGAUGAGGACGCUUAUGGGGAUGAUGAAGAUGAUACCGUGAAGGCUGACAAGAAGGGCCUCACUCUCAACAUGUUCAGUGUGCUAGGAGAGAACGAGUGUGAGUGAGGGACGUGAUCGCUCUCCUUCUCAUUCCAUGUUCACACAUUCCGGUUUCUCUAUUUAUCACUGAUUUCUUUAUGACCAUCUCAUUUCAAUCUGCAAUGUGUCAAUCAAGGACUGUAUGAAGUUUUGAACAUUUAUUUCUCAUUUGACACUCAUCGCACACUCAUACAGCCCAUCGUAUAGACAGUAUAAAGCUGGUUUUUGUGUUCUAUUUCAACCUCUCCGUGCCUCUGUACCUUCUCUGCUUUUCAUUUAUUAUCAUCAGAAAAGUAUCAAAAUACUAUGAAAACUUUUGUACCUCCUGCAUGCAGCCUUUUCCCUUUCUGAGAAGGCAGAGGGAAUGUCUGUAUAACCAGUGAUUGUACAAUCAAUGUUACUAAAACAAGCAUUGAUGAAUACAAUCACUGAUUUAUUGUCAAUCUCACAGCAGUGAUGCCAAAGGUUAGGUGAGGUCAAAUGUCACGCUUUGACCUCAAACUGUGAGUUUCCCCCAUGCGAAUGUAUUUUAACCUCUGUCUCAGUACCGCAAACCUCGGCAUGUAGGGUAGAACCAUGUCAUGUAUGAGGAUAAGAAAUAGAGGCAAAGGCUGUUGACUUCAGAAGAUUAUUCUGAUAAAAAGAAGUUAUGGACACUCUAAGCACUUUUAAAGCAAGAGGCAGCAACCAGCAGUCUUUUACUGUUGAAUACUUUAAUUUCUAGGCAGAUACACGUUUAUUAUGCGGGUAAUGAUGUUAGGGUGUCAUUUAGGGUUGCAGUGGAGAGUGACUUCAUGGCACAAAAUGUUCUAGACUAUGCAAAGUUUAAAGAGGGAUCAGAAAAACUUAAUACAAGCGUUCCAGUUAUAAAAGUGAGACUAUAACACACAUUCUACAUGCACACUGACACAAGCCACUUGGAGAUUUUGGGAUCAGUUUAUUUUGGACUAAAAAGUGCAUUUGGUGGAGAGUGGGUUGGUUUUGAAGAACUAUAGUUAGUGUACUUUUGCUAUAGGACUCAGGUAAUGGUGAUGAUGUGGUGUUAGUCCAUCAUCACAGAUGUGCGGAGUUACCGAUACAAGUGUGCUGGUUUCCUGUUUUUCAGCCUCCAGUCCUGCAUGCCCUUGUUUAGGGAUUUCAUGUGGGUGUGUCUUUGUUUGUGUGGGUGUGAUAGUGUGUGGAUCAUUCUUUCUUAAUUGAAAUGUUAUUCUUUCUUUAUUGAAAUGUUAUUGUACUGACAGAAACAGCCCUCUGCAAUAAAACCAUUCCCCUGA